AUGCAAUUUCUAUCGAGCUCGUAUUUCCAUCUCCCCAUAGACGAGGACGAGGACGGUGCACACGCCGAGAGUUCAAAGCAUAUAUCCUGGGCACCUGCCGACGACCUGGACUCCGACUCCGACGGGUCCCUUCCAUCCUCCUCGUCUUCAUCAUCUCUUCACUCGCAGUAUGGUCCCACUCCUCCCCCCGCACGCACGAACAAAGCUGUUAUCAACCAGAUCCUCAACGAGAACGAUCUCUAUCGCAUCCUCGGAAUAUCCAGAACCGCUCGCAUAGAUAAGUUAUCCCUUCGCCGUGCAUAUCUAGCGCGGAGCAAAGCAUGUCAUCCAGAUAAAUUCCCUAACAACCCUGAAGCCACACGCGCAUUCCAAAAAGUUUCUCUCGCAUAUAACGUCUUGAGCAAGCCAUCCUCGAAAAGAUCCUAUGAUUCUCGCUCCCCCAAUUCUUCUUAUGAUAUUUUCGCUGCUCGUCCUUAUCCCCCUCCCGAGGAGACAUUUCGAAGCGUAGUCAUUGGCGUGUUUAACGACCUCCUCGAUGGCGAUCUUGAGAUGAUCCGGACCUUGCUCCGGACUGUGAACGACAUGAACCCUGCCCUCCGGCUCGGCGAGGAGGGCAUCAACUCCGUGCUCUUCACCCUUCAGUCCAUCCGCGAGCGCGCCCUGACGUGCCGUACGUGCGUCCUGGCGCUGCACACUGAGCUCACGCGCCUGCUCGAGGUGCAGCGCGCGUUCCGCGAUCUUUCUUACUUUGACCUCCGCCGCCGUUCCUGCCUCACCAUCCGCCUUGCGCGCCUCACCGUCGCUCUCCCCAUCGCCCUUGAGCAGGCGCUGCGUGCGCAGCGCGACGAGGAGUACGCCCCUGACAGGCCUCGUGAUGGCGUCGGCCCUGGUCCCGGCGACGGGAGCGCGCUCCUGAACAGGCGUGUUGCGACGCUCCUCCGCGGGCUGGUGAUCGUUCUCGAGCGUAUGGAACGCAUUCUCGGAUAG